AUGGAAAAAUACUCUGCUUUCAGAGAUCCUGGCACGGGUGUGCAGCCCUUUCUCCCACUCGUACCGCCGUCGCCAAGCCUGCUCUCUAAUGUGUCCACCCCACUCUCCUGGGUUGUCGGACUCUUACGCAUUGCCCUCUUGUUCGUGGUUCUCAGCCUCCAUCUGACGUUGAGCGCUGUCGGAGCCAUCCUUAAACCCAUCCCUUUUCUCGGCUCCGCAUUCUCUCAUCUAUUCACCGCCGUCACCGCCCGAACCGCGCUUGCUAUUCUCGCUCUGUGGGUGUCGGUAGAUAACGUUACCAGAAAACGGGGGAGAGGCGCCAAAGACAUAGAAAGAUGGUCUCCACGCGCGGGCGACUUAAUUGUCUCUAACUGGGUCUCCUGGGUCGAGGUUUUGUGGCUCGGAUUCCGGUUCAAUCCCAUCUUCGUGCUUCCUAUCACAGCAGCCAAUCCUUCUCCCGCUACAGCACGCCCCGCCGAGGCGAUUAGCCAUACUCCAGGAAGACGGACUGGCACUGGGUCAGCCAACAUACAGAGUGCGACUCGCGCUGCCACCAUUCGUAUGCCCAUCAUAGGAUUCCGUCAAGUGUCGUUGCUUUCGAUGUUAUCUGCAACCGGGCGGACCCCAUUCGCUCAAACGACCAGCUAUGAGAGUCUGGAAGACAUCCGCCAACGUUCACGUCGUCCCGUUGUCGUAUUUCCCGAAUGCACCACCAGCAACGGCAGAGCACUUCUCCGCUUUGCUGAAGUGUUCAAACAAAGGGUUCCGGUGCAAGGCUACAAUGUCUUUGUGAUGUGUGUCCGAUAUGACCCACCAACAAGAUUUGCGGCCACCCUCGCACACUGUGUCCCAACCUCUUUCAAUCCUAUUCCGCAUAUAUGGAGCAUAGCAACAUCGCUUGUGCCCCAAGCGGUUUCAAUACGGCUGCUCGCUCCCUCCGAGUCCCCGAGCUCCCAAUUAUUCGUCACAAGCGAAUUUCUCUCGGGCCCCGACGAUGCAGACCCAUUAGCUGAGGUUUGUGGUGCCCUCAUUGCCCAGAUUGGGAAAAUGAAGAGGACUGGGAUGGGCUGGGAAGAUAAGAGCUUAUUUCUCGACUUUUUCCAUAGCAAAGAAAAGCGAUAG